AAUAAUAAAUGUACAGUAUUGAGUAAUUACAGAAAAUAAAGCUGUCCCUUCUUCCUCAGUUCUCAGGUAUCGAGUAGCUAGCUUCUGAGCUUCGAAGGUAUCGACUAAAUAUUUUUUCCUUUUUCUCGUAGACAUUAUUACUCUCAGGAAUAAAAGAUUUGAAAUUUCGGAGAAAAAAAUCUGAUUUUUUUAUGGGACAAGACAACUCGGUAACUCUUGGAUAAGCUUUUAUCCAUCGGGUGGUGAUUGUUCGAAAAUGGAUCGAAUUGCGUCUGCGACCUUCUCUUGCCCUGCGAUUUCAAUGCCUCGCGUCUGUAGAGUCAACCCUUUUGGCUUAAACAUUAACACCAAUCAUAGAAAGAGAUUCUCGUGUCCUAUAGCUGUAGCUUCUGGAGAGACGACGGCUCGGGUCGUAGACAAUGAACUUGACUUAGAACACAAGAAACACGAUUUACUGAGAGCUGUUCAAGACACUCAACGAGGACUCACUGCCACUUCUGAUCAACGAUCUAUCAUCGAGGAGGCUCUGGUGACUGUGGAAGGGUUUAAUGGCGGUGAAGAAAUCGAUCUAGUGAAGUUAGAUGGAACAUGGAGGCUACAAUAUACAUCUGCACCUGAUGUUGUUGUUCUAUUUGAAGCUGCUUCAAGACUUCCCUUCUUUCAGGUGGGGCAGGUCUUCCAGAAGUUUGAGUGCAGAGAUCGAUCAGACGGUGGGAUCAUUCGGAAUGUUGUUCAGUGGAGUCUUCCAAGCUUGUUGGAGGAGCAAGAAGGUGCAACACUUGUUGUUACCGCGAAAUUCGAUAAGGUCUGUAGUCGAAACAUCUACCUUCAGUUUGAAGAGCAGAUAAGUGUUAGAAACAUUAACAUCAAUGAGCAGCUUCAAGCUCUUAUCGCACCUGCAAUACUUCCUCGCUCAUUUCUAAGCCUACAGCUUUUGCAGUUUAUCCGUACUUUCAAAGCUCAGAUUCCAGUAACCGCAACCAGCCCAGGAAGGAGAUCUGUAGGUGGACUGUAUUACCUGUCGUAUCUCGAUAAUAACAUGCUUUUGGGUCGGUCUGUAGGAGGAGGAGGAGUAUUUGUCUUUACAAAAUCUCAACCCCUCGAGCUGUGAGAAUCAGACAAAUCUAUAAAACUCUGUUUUUAACUGUAUAUCACAGAAAAAAGAAGAACACUAUGUUAGCAGAUUCUGUUUAUGUACUGAAGAUCUUGUACAAUAUAGCAAAAAUGUUACUA